AUGGAAAAAUUCGCAUCGGAUUGUUUAGCCGCUCAAACCUUAGCGAAUAGCGUAUAUUUCAUUUUGUUGAUAACUGUCGUAGCGAUCAUAUCAAUGAUUGGAAUAAUUGUACAAAUUAUCGUUAUGAAAAAAUAUGUUAUAUGUAUGGCAAUUCAUGAAAAUACUCGAAUACUUCUCAUUGCUCAUCAGAUUUAUCUAAUUUUACAUUGCGUAGCAAGAAUUGUUGCCCAUACCGCCGAUCUCAUUGUUUUCCAUUGGAAUUAUCACGAUCCGUGUAUGUAUUUAUCAACGCCACUAAGAUGUUUCAUUAUUCGAACACCAGUUACGUUUACAUUUUGUAUAUUACCAUGUUCGAUGCUACUAAUAGUCGCCGAAAGAGCUAUUGGAACUUAUUGGUCAGCAAAAUAUGAACGAAUGGGUCGGUCUUUGGCAUUCAUUCUGAUUUUAUGCGAAGUAUGUUUUAUUAAACUUAUCAAAUUUUUCAUAUUAUAUAAUAAAUUGCAGCAAGUACGUCAAAAUCUAAUGGAAACUGAUUUAUCACAUCGUUAUCAGUUGAAGGAAAAUAUUACUUCGAUUACUACUAUUGCACCAUUGAUUCUGUGUCAUUCGAUUUUCUAUUCCAUCUUUACAUUAGCUUUUAUCAUAUAUUUUCUAACAAAACCAAAAUUUUCACAGGAUAAUUUUGCUAUUUUUCUUGAAAGUAAGUUUAUACUAUUUUUUUUCGGAAAAAUUGAAAUAAUGGUUGUAGAUAUUAUAUUUUGUGGGAAUUUUGAAGAACAAUUUUUUCCAUUCAAACUAUUUAUCUUAGAAGAAACCAUAAAUUUAAAUGAUAAAGUGAUAAGUGAUAAAUUCAAAUAA